AUGUUUGAUGCUCCAACAAAAGGGAGCCCAGAAGAGGGCUGGCCCUGCAGCGUCACCCACGUCCGCACCCGGCUCCAUGGAGUUUGUUCAGAGACCCCGCACCACGUGACGUCUCCCCGGGCCUCCAAUCAUCAUGGACAGAAAUCCACAGACAAAGGAGGAUCUGUUGCUGUCAAAGACAGGAGCAUUGAAGAUUGGGUCAGAGGUAUUAAACACUAA